GGCCUGGCCCGGCGGGGCGGGCGCCGCUGAGUGGAGAUGAGGGCGGCGGCCCGGCAGCUGCAGGCAGGCGGCGGGCAGCGGCGUGGUGCCUGACCGCAGGGCUCCGCUCCGCUCCCGAUGAUGCUGCGGGGCGAUGCCCGGCGACAGGGAGGACGAGAUCUGCCAGAAAGCACUGCAGCUGCUGGCCGAGCUGUGCUCCGUCGGGGCGGUGGAGAACGAGAACUGCCGCGAUUUCAUCUACUACCUGCGGGACAGAGCCCGGCCCCGCCUCAGCGACUCAGAUAUCUCAAUAAGCUUGCUCUCCUUAGUUGUCACAGCCUGUGGUCUUGCUCUGUUUGGUGUCUCUCUGUUCGUAUCCUGGAAGCUGUGUUGGAUCCCUUGGCGAGAGCGUGGUCUACCAUUUGGGAACAAAGACAACAAGCAGGAAUCACUGAACUACACAGACACAGAGACCAAUGACCGUGACUACAGUGAGGAUUAUCUGGGUCAGCCUACAGCCUAUCCAGAGUCCUCCAUGAAGAUCAGCCAUACCUCCCCUGAUAUUCCAUUAGACACUGAGGCGGGAACAAAGGAGAACUGCGUCUACAAUGUGCGAAUGCAUCGUCAGAUCACUGAACCCACCUCUUCUGCUCGGCACAAUUCGAUCCGAAGACAGCUGAACCUCUCCAACCCGGACUUCAACAUCCAGCAGGUUCAGAAACAAGAGCAACUGACGGGGAUCGGCCGCAUUAAGCCAGAACUGUACAAGCAAAGAUCAGUGGAUACGGACGAUGGCCGGAGGAGUAAUAUCAAGGCAUGUGGAAAACUGAACUUUAUUCUCAAAUAUGAUUGUGAUUUAGAGCAGCUGAUAGUGAAGAUUCACAAGGCCAUCAACCUGCCAGCAAAGGACUUCUCUGGCACAUCAGAUCCAUACGUGAAGAUAUAUCUGCUUCCUGACAGGAAAACAAAACACCAGACUAAAGUUCACAGAAAGACCCUAAAUCCAGUAUUUGAUGAAGUUUUUUUAUUUACUGUCCCAUACAAUGACCUGAACACGAGGAAACUCCAUUUCUCUGUAUAUGACUUUGACAGAUUCUCCAGACAUGACUUGAUUGGCCAAGUGGUAGUGGAUAAUUUUUUAGAUUUGACAGAUUUUCCCAGGGAAUGUAAUAUUUGGAAGGAUAUUGAAUAUGUCACCAAUGAUAAUGUGGAUCUUGGUGACCUUAUGUUUUCACUCUGCUACCUUCCAACAGCUGGUAGACUAACUAUUACAAUAAUAAAGGCAAGAAAUUUAAAAGCAAUGGAUAUAACAGGAGCAUCAGAUCCCUACGUGAAGGUUUCUUUAAUGUGUGAAGGAAGGCGACUAAAGAAAAGAAAAACUUCCACCAAGAGGAAUACCCUUAAUCCCGUUUACAAUGAAGCCAUAGUCUUUGAUGUCCCUCCAGAAAACAUUGACCAAAUUAACUUGUCGAUAGCAGUUAUGGAUUAUGACCGUGUAGGUCACAAUGAGGUCAUUGGAGUAUGUCAAGUAGGCAACGAUGCAGAAAGUCUAGGUCGUGACCACUGGAAUGAAAUGCUCUCAUAUCCUCGGAAACCCAUUGCUCAUUGGCAUCCUCUUGUAGAGGGCCCUAUUCAGCAGGAAUGUUAUGCAGGUCUUCUGCGCUUGGAUGGCUGCCGAAGAGGCUUCCUCACCCUUUUAACCUAUUCAGCAGAAAUUUGGCAUUCCUGUUGAACUCUUUCUUAGCCAUAUCCUCAGGGGCUAUUCCACAGAGUCCAGUGGGGUAAAGAUGUCCUUUUAAUCCCUCUGUCUAAUCCUCUCCCCAAUACAGGGAAUACUAAUCCUGAUUCAUGAGACACAAAAUUUCAUCAGAGAUCUAACUAAAUUGCUUCCUAAGAGUUGCCAUGACUUACUUCCAUUGUUGUUGUCACUGCUUAAUGUCAGGCAGUAAUCCCAGUCAAAAGAAACUAUCAUGUUUGUGAACACUCACAGUGUUAUCCCCCAUGUUGAAGGACAGGAAAGACCAUAGUAUCCGAAUCAAGCCAAGAGUGAUACUGUAAGCACCUAAUAUAUGGAAGCAGCCUCUCUGAGGGUACCUUAUGCAUCAGAGUGAGGCCAUGUUACUAGUGGUGCAACUGAAGAUUAACCUGCCUGGUUGCGAGUGCUGACCCCAGGCAGUUCCAUAAAUAAUUUUCAGGCAAUAGGAAGAUGCUGCAAACUGGGAAGAAUGCCACAGUCUCUCCGUGUGUCCAUAAGCAACUGCAUUUACUGGUGCCUGGGGACCACAGCGGCACAGUUUCAGCAGUCAGAGUGGGAAGGCACUCUGCCUUUGCAUAGCACAGAUGCUGCCAACAUGCAACUAUCUGUGAAAGAAGAUGGAGCAAAGUGAGGAAGCUCUGCCUGUAUGUUUGUGCCCUCAGUUACAAGCUAGAUACUAGCUGAAGUGUCAUGCCUGAAAUGCUGACCUGGGCAUUUGGGAACUGUGUUUGGAAAAUAGCUCACCAAGCUUUCAUCUGUAGGAGUAACUCAGUGGUUACUGCCCAGAAUAGAAGUGUCUCUUAUCAAAAGUUGUGUACAUCCUUAUAUCCAACCUGUCUUCCCUCUUUGAUAAAUUUCAUUGCAGCUAGAGCCCACAAUUAGGUUUGGAGAGCUCUUCCCUUUUUACAGGCAUCCUGUUCUUUUCAUACAUGCCUGGCUAACUUCUUUAGAUUUCAUUACUGUGGACUGCUUUUCAUGUCACUGAGCUAAACAGAGACAUAUUUUUUUCCUUCCCAGGAAUCAAGUGGGGGAGGGUGUCCAGCGCAUCCAGGCUGUGCAGAGAAAUACAUACACAGCAUAUCAUUUUGGUUCCUGAAUCAGGAUUAGACUCAGCGAGAGCUUCUGGAACCUCUGGGGCCACAGCCAUAGGACCCUGAAUAUUUGCUGAAUAGGACCCUCAGUCUUCUACUGUGUGAAGAGCUAUUGGUUUCAAGUAGCAUAAUGUUAUCCACUUGUAGCAUUGAUCCUCCAGCUGACACUGUUGCUAUUGAUAGAUUAUUUAUAUGGUCGUAAGCAUUACCCAAAUUCAAAUCGUCAUUUCUGUUUAUUAUAAUAACCCAGGUUUUACAAGCAAAAUGAUAGCAAUGAAAACCAACAAAUAUGAGAAGCAGCAACAAACACAGUCCUUGUAUUUGCAAAAAAGGUGCAGUAUUGUGAAUGGAUAGCUUUCUAAAUAUUUUUUUUCAAGAAUAAUUAUUGUCAGACAUUUAUUUUUGGAUGACAAGAUGUGUCCUCAAUCUCAUUUGGUGCUUCCUAUCACCUACAUGAAAACAAAUUAAUAUGGUUGCUUGAAGAAAUCCUUCAAAUCUGAAAAACUGUAAAAAAGUUCUAUUGAGUGAGAACAAGGUGCAUAUCGUAUUUGUAAUGGCAGUAUGUUCUUUUAGAAAGAAGAUAACCAUCUGUAUAACAUGGAGGUUGUUAGUCCUCAACCUUUGUAGAUGAUAUUCCAGUCAAUGUUUCUUAGUUGGGUCCACAACACUGCAAAAUGUUGGAAGCAUGUCACAGGUGGCAAUGUUUGAUCAUACAAACAAGCCCACAUGUGUGCCUGGGCACAAGCACACCUUACGUCAUUUUAAAAUGCUGUUCCAAAUAUAUAGUGCCUGUGAAGACUUCCUUUAUUAUUUGUGGUAGAAUUAGCAAAGCUAUUUUACAUGAUGGUAUAUUGUAAAUUCUGACAAAUUCUGACCAUUAAAAGAAAAUAAAUCAAAGCACUGGACUCUUUCACACAAUAAAAUCUAUGCCCCAAAACAAGAGACCCUGAGAAAAUUUUUGCCACUUAUUUAGCCAUGCACUCUCUUCCUCCAAAUUUUUCUAGAGAGAAUUUGAUUCAAGUUUUUACAUGAGAUUUUUUGUUUAAAAAAUGCAAAUACCCAUACAAAGUAUGGGUAUUUUAUACAACAUAUUUGUCUGUUAUUUACUUACAGAUAGGGAGCCCUGAUCUUUACAUAUAGUUUGGAUAAGUUUAUGUGCUUUAUAAGACAUUGCUUCAUGUCUUGUAUGUGUUGAAUGGCCACUAAGUGUUUUGGAUUUGCAACUUUGCUGACAAAGAUAUGCAUGCACAGAAUGAAGAAAUACUUAAAAUUCUUACCCCAAAUCUGAAAAAUUAGUUUUAUAACCUUUCAAUGAAGAUCUUCCAGAAAAUCAGAACUGCUUAUAGGUAAAGUAAGCUUGGCACUUGCAGGAAAUCUUGGAUCUGUUGUGUGUGCUGCAGCUAUAAAGCAGAAGCCCUGUAAGUACAGUGAUUUUUCAAAAAUCUCAUGCCAUACUGUGGAGAAUACCGUGGGCAAGGGCACUCCUGGCAAACUGAACACUUCAAAACCUGCCCAAGCACAAUUUCAGAUGGGUAACAAUUGGGCACUUCCAAAAGAAUAAAAAAUACAGACAUGAAGUUGCCACAGAAAAACUAUUUCACUGCACUUUCAGCUGAAGCCUUGUAUCAGCAAGUCAGUGGUGCGAUCCAUUGUGCAUAUCCACUCCUGCAUGAUCCUCACCUCAGGCAAAAUCCUGCACUCUUUACCCAGGUUCAUCUCCCCGGAGUCAACAUGGGGAGAUGAGCAUGAGCAAAGAAGGAGGAGCUCUUGCUUUGGGGUGAAGUUCUUUGAUUUCCUGGACAAAUCUUUACACAUGCAUCCCUGCCUGCAAUGCAGAGCCAGCAGCGACACUCUUUGCCACUGCAACAUUAGCAAGAGAGUUCUGUGAAAAGGAAAACACCUACACAAGCAGUGCAGGAUUUGUCCCUUUCUGGGAUUUGUCUCUAGCAAUUCAAAGGGGCAUCAACUGAAGAGCAGUAUCAUUAUAAUUGUCAGUGGGUUAGGGUUCUUUUAUUUUAUUAACAUGCUCAGUUUAUUUAAUGCUCAAGGGUCUGGCAUCAAAAGAAUUAUUUUGAAUGUAGUUCUACUGAAAAAUAAGAAAGAAAUCUCUGUGACAGUGAGCAUUUUAAGUGGAAUCCAGCAUACCUCAAAGGCUUGGGGAUGAGGAAAACCCCCUUAAUUUAUUAUAUUCUAAUUUUUACCGUCUCAUGAGUUGCAAAGUGUUACUCGGGCUGUGGCAUUACUAUGUGCUUUUUAUGAAUAUCUGCCUUAUCAUAGUAGUGCAUCUAUGGAAUGAUAACAAUUUUCUAUAUUUGGAUACUUCACUCUUCACCCUUAUACUCCAUUUAACCAGUGAUAUUCCCUAGACCUGAAAUAUUUUCAUGUUAUGGUUCUGGUCUCCCAGUAGACUGCUGCUAUCUUUGGACUGUAUGACAAUAAUACAACAGCCACUGGAAGAAAUAGAGGAUAGUUACACUAGAAACCCAGAGGAAACUAUGGUCCCAAUACUGUUUAGUCUUUCUUUUCUGAACUGUGAUUCUCAGAGGUAAAUUAGUAGUAGACUCACAAGAAUGAUUUCAAAGUUGAGACCCUCAUUUGUUUUCUUAUUUGCUGUGAACGCAUAAUUAUGCUUUAUGAAAUGUAUCUUAACCCUGAAACAGAAGAGGAAAUCCCUUAGAAGUGCAUCUCAGCAGGAUUUUAAUCCCAUUUCACUCAUUUUACCAACGUACUAUUAAAUUUUAGUUUUUAACUUCUAGUUUUUUGUAACAAGAUGUUGUUUUAUGGAAAAGCAGUGAGUGGCAAUGGAAAAGCCUUCCAAGUUACUGACACCGAGGCCAAGUACAAUGGACAGUUGUGUGAUAUUUCCAUGAAAAAACUCUCUCAGCACAACUUUUCUGCAGUUGAGUGCUGAAAUAUGUCUUUGUCUGUUUUCACUGAAAUCACAAGACAUCAAAAGCAUUCCUGCUCUCUUUAGUUUCACUUUUCCCUGUCAAUAAUCCUGGCAGUGGAUAAAAAGACAUGCAUCUCGAGCUGGGGACGUGGGGAGUACCAGAACAGAAAGCCAAUAUGUAGUAUAAAAGACUCAGUGCUCAAACUGUUCUUACCAGCCAUUGCACACCUCAGCUUUCUAUGCCAGCAGAUCCACAAAACACCAAAGCAGUACGUGUGAGCAACUUUUUUCUUAGAGGUCUAAUUUAACUACUGGCAGGGCAAACUGCUGGUUCAGUCCAAAAUAAAACAGCAAAGGGCAAUGCAAAAGAAUGAAAAAGAAGAUGUUAUUUUAGUCCACUCUUCUUAGCUUGACGGGAUGGUUGUUAAGGGGCUUUUUGGUUGUUUUUAUUCUUUGGUUUGGCUUGGUUUCCUUUGUGUGUUAUUAAACAAGCAAACAUGGUAUGCAGCUAUAUUAUCAUGAGCACCCAAAGUCAGUAACAUAAGAGACAUGUUUACAUGCUUAUCACAUUCAAGCACUGUGGGGACAUAUCUGCAAUUAAAAAAAAUAAAAUUGUUGUAAACCUAGUUUAAAAGUAGUGAAUGAUAAAUGGGGACUGGGAAAUUUAGUUGAAAAAUCUGGUUUACCCAGUUAGAAACUGAUCUGAAAUUACUGUUGAUGCAUUUUGUUUGAACAGAAGUAAAAAAAUUAGAUUAAGUGACUCCAUCUGAAGUGCCAUCAAUUAAAUGCUUUUUUCCCUUUAGAACAGUGCAUUGUCAAGUGAUUACAUCUCAGAAAACAAUGCCUUUCUUAUCUAGAAGAAGAAAACACAUAGAGAAAGUAAUCCACAAUACUGUAGAACGUAAUAGAAGCCCCCUGUGCUGGGAAGAACAGCAGCAGGACACACUUUGCAACAGGAUCAUCCUGGAUCUCGCUGCAGUUAGUGGCAAACCUUGCUUGCAGUCAUAAUUCUGUCCUGAAGUGACAACCUUGCGGUAGGUAAACCUGGCUGUAUGAGGUGUGAGUUGUGUUUUAGUGGUACUGCACAUUCAAGGCUGAGUAGUUCCAAGAGUUAUGUUUACAGCUUAAUUUCUAAUAGAGUGGGCUGGGCAAGGAACUACAGCUGGAAGUUCUCCAGGGUCCUGCAGUUCUCUGAAAGGACCUCCAUCUCCUUGAAGGUCCAUGAGGUGCACUAAUCCAGAUGGUAGUGAAGGACACCACCCAGGAAAGGUUUUGUCUGCGAGCUGAAGGCAGCACAUGUAUCAAGAGGGGAAGAUGACCUGAGGACUUGUAAGCACCUGGGCUGUUAAUUUGUUUCUUUGUUUUUUCUAGAGUUUUUAGUUCCUCCUUCUUUUGCUCAGAUGUAGACAUUGUAAAACUGGAAUGUUUUACUCAGUUGCAUGCUGACCAGUUGUCAUUUUUAAUACCCGUUGCAAAGGUGCGUGAAGAGAGGUGUGUUGUUUUGGUAUACUUUUGGUUUUAAUAACACAUGAACAUUGUACUAUACUUUAUUCUUUCCUGUUCAAUAAAUAGUCCUGGUAUUUCUGUGUUUCAUGUCUAAUUUUGGACAGUAGAGCCAUACCUGUAUCAAGGCUCUCUCAAUUAGGUGGGCAUUUUGUUCGUUUAGUAGAAAUAAUGCAUGACUCCUUUCGCAGUGAUGGUUUGAGGGACAAAAGAAAUCUUACUUUUGUAAAACGUACUACAACUUCUAAACACAAGUAAAAAUGUACUGUGAUUUAUUUAUAUAAAUCUAGUCUGAACAAAUAAGUUUUGAUCUUAAUAAAAACUCUGUAAGAAA